CCUUGUUUUGAAAUAAUGGUCAUAAAUAAAGAGAGAAAUGUUUGCUUGUUUGUUCUUUUUUCUUUUUUCUUUGGUAAAUGAAAGAAAUGUUUGUUUAAUUUGCCAUUUCUCUGCCGGCUCUUCCAAGUGUUGGCAGUCAGUGCAAUGCAAGUUGGUUUUAUCCGUUGAUAAAUCAAGUUCUUAGAAAAAUUUACUUCUUUGGUUAAAUUUAUUCAUUUAUAUAUAACCUUUUACUAUAUAUACUUUUGUAUUGUUUAUGGAGUCGUAGAUCUAGCUAUAGGAACACAGAGACUGAAGAAGAAGAGAAGGGCAUGGGAACAGUGACAGCCCCAUGGAAACAGCUAGUCUUGGAAGCCAUGGAUUCCAAUGCCCACCUCAAAAACUGAUCUUUAUUUCAGCUUGCAACGGUGGGUUUAAAUGGAAGACCUUCGAAUCGAACCGUUGUUUUCAGGGGAUAUCUAGAUGGUAGUGAUAAGAUAGAAAUCAACACCGAUUCUGGAAGUCACAAGAUUAAAGAGCUGAAGCAUUGUCCAUUUGCUGAGAUAUGUUGGUACUUUGCUGAUUCUUGGGAGCAAUUCCGGAUUAAAGGAACAAUUGAAAUCAUUGAUGAAUCAAGUCCUGAUCCUGUUAACCUUCAGCAAAGAGAGAAAUCUUGGUUUGCCAGAUCUCCCAGAACCAAAAUGCUGUUUUUAGAUCCUGAUCACUCAUACCUAGAAGAAGAACCACCAAAAGAUGCAUUUCCAGAGCUUUGUGGAGGUCCAGUUGCUGCAUAUUGUAUUCUGGUUCUACAUCCAGAGCAGGUUGAUUACAUGAAUGGGAAGGCAAGUCUUUACACUCAAUCAAAAUGCUAAUGGGGACAAGUGCUGGACUUGAAAGUUUAUGGAUUUCUUAGAAUAA